CGAACCGGCGCGCCGUGUCGUCUGCCGACGGUUUGUCGUCUGCUCGUCGUCGUCGUCUUCGCUUGCUGCAGCUUGUGCGUGGAGCUUAGUGAUGUCUUAACCCGUCAGCGCUGCGCAAAGGAUAAGUGAAUCGGCGACAGACCAAAGCCUAGAGUUCUCACUCGUUGUCUGUUCCCAAACCACCUGCGUCCAAGUCGCCCGAUCCAAAUUGGACGUAAUAGGUGAAUUUUUCCCCCGUUCAAGAAACGGGUGAUUAGUGAGGUGAGGUCGCCGGAGCUUCAGCUGGUCCUCUGAGUGAUGGUGCUUGGCUUCAGCUCAGUUUCAGACAUCUUGCCACGUUCGCCAUCAGACGCACCGCAUUUCUAGUGUGGACAUCAUCUUUCUGCUCCUUCUGUAUUUCAGUGGGCAUUGUGUGUGAGUGUAUGUGACCGAGGAACGUUUGUCAACAGAUUAUAUUUAGGGCUGCAUACGAGGUUAUAAUUUUUCCUACAACCUGCCCACAUACCCCGUCUCAAGUGGCUCGCGUCACUAAUGUGUGUAAAUGUUUGAUUGUAUUACGACGCUCCUAUUAUGCUUAACCAAGACAGUUGUACACACAUUAGGGUGUUGAGUGCCGGCUUCGUACCUUCGCUGGAUCUAUGCUCAGGGCAUAGUGUGCGAAACAGUGACAGUGUGUGAACACUCGGGUCAGACGCACAGGGCUUCUCCAGUGCUACGGAGUCAUCGUCCGCCAUUAUUCCUUCAGAAUCUCCAUGCGAAACAGCCACAAGCACUUAGAUAUAUGUGUCAUAACUUCCUGAUGUGGUUGGCCUCACCCGAAUCCUGCGCGGAACCAGAGUCGCACGUCCACAGCAUUACAAGUAGUCGCGCUUGCAGCAUGAUUGGAAGUUGCGCAAGCGGGUCGCAUCACUCAUUUACACCGCUUGCACCUUGAAACUUAGUGCUAGCAUGUUUGAAGAGUUCUUGUGGCUUAACAUUAGCAUCUCUUCAACAUCUGCCAGUGACGGGUAGUUUUUGGGACAAGCAUUCGGCGUUUGGUCUGAAUGCACACAUGUAUCACAGUUGAAGCACCGGAUUACUAUCUUCCCUCCUGCAUACAGUGUACAACGCGUGAGAACAAGGACUGUCGCUUCUAUUUUGGCAGACGUUGUUUUAAGGCCUGUGAAACUGCAUCGUCUGCGAAGAUCUCAGGAAAAAGAUGUUCACGAAGUACAGCCAACUGACUGAGGCAGACGUAACUGGGACGGACUCGUGAUUUGAGAUUUUGAUAACACCGGAUAAUUUGUCCACACAAGCGUCUCUUCCGGAUAACGCCGUUACGGAUAUCUCAAAGGGAAUUCUGGAUUGACCACCACACGAUGGCGUCGUCAAGACAAGCCACCGUGGCCUGGUGGCUUUGGAUGCUUGCAUCUGUGCUGAACCUCAAGAAAGCCGAAGGCGUGCUCGUGUUCUGGUCGCCGUUCCACGACCCCCGGGUACACGAGAACGCCCCGGCGGGUGUCCACGUGACCACCGUGCGAGCGCUAGACGAAUCGGCGCCCGGCAAGCCCGUCGCCUACAGCCUGCUGGACGUCAAGGACUCCAGCUUCUUCCACUUGAACCACCUCACGGGAAACCUGACGACAGCGCGGCCCAUCAACCGAAAAGUCGGCGACAAGUACGAGGUGAUCGUGGCCGCCGUGAGCCAGGGUGUGACCGAGGUGAAGACGAUGCAGAUCGAGGUGACCGUUCCCAACCGUUACCCGCCCCGGUUCGAGCACCCGGUGUACCGCGCCGAGGUGCACCAGACCCGCACCCGGCCCGGGUACCGGGUACUCCAGGUGCGCGCCCACGACCCGGACCCGGUGCCCUACAACGCCGAGGUCUACUACCGCCUCGAGGCUGGACCGGAGUCUACGAGGGCGCUUAGGUAA